AUGAUUACCGUACAGAGUACUACUACAAGACGGCGUUCGUCUGUCCAUCAGAACUUGUUCGAUCCGAAGUUGUAUCGGACUUGUGAGCCUGCCAAGGAGGUAUCUGAAAAAGAAGAGAAGGAUAAGUACGCCCAGCCAUCGCUUUCGCAGAUUGUCGGAAAAGUAUCUGAAAUUGCCGUUCUCUUGCAGAAAGAGUUCGUGAGGCUGUUCCCCCGAAGCGUGCAGGAUUAUCUGCCCGAAGUGGACCUUAAGGUGACGUUGGUGUGUCUAACGUGGUACGUGACGUCUUCUAUAUCCAGUAAUGUUUCCAAGGCCAUCUUGAGAGACUUUACACAUCCCGUGGCGCUCACUGAGCUGCAAUUUCUGUUCAGCGCUUUAUUGUGUGUUUUCUUCAUUGCUGUCGUGAAUAUGGCGCAACUACCGUCGCUCUCUCGAACAGCGAUCGCUAGGGCGGUUGCAAGUUUCCCUGAGGGCAUAUUGCCUUCGUACCUUAGUGGGGAUUUCAGGCAGUCUGUGGUCGGGAAGUUUCUGAAGCCAAGCAAGUUGAUCUUUUUGGCUACAUUUCCCAUGGGAAUAUUUCAGUUCAUGGGCCACAUCAGUUCGCACAAGGCGACAGCACUGAUACCUGUGUCUUUGGUGCAUUCCAUUAAGGCACUUUCGCCAAUUGUCACGGUUAGUUAUUACCGGGUUUUCCAAGGCAAGAAGUACAAUGCAAUGACAUAUUGGACUUUGGUACCUUUGAUUAUGGGCGUAAUGAUAACGUGCUGGUCCACGCAUGGUAGUAAAAAAAUGGAUGCUGCCAAUGGCCGUUUAUCGAUGUUGUCCGGCCUGCUUUAUGCUUCAGUGUCAAUGCUUAUUUUUGUCUCCCAAAACAUCUUUGCCAAGAGUAUUUUAACCGUGAAGAGUAAGAAAGGCAUCCUGCCUUCCUCUGCUCCAGCCUCGCCACAGAUUGGUAAGGCCGAAGUUUCGCCUUUCCAGAUUGACAAGAUCACCAUUCUUUUCUAUUGUUCUUGCAUAGGGUUUGCAUUGACCUUGCCACCUUUCCUCACCGGCGAAUUGAUGCAGCACCAGAGCGUUUUCAAAGAUUUGACGUGGAAAGUUUCAUCCCUAAUCGUUUUUCAUGGAGUAACCCACUUCUUUCAGGCUCUUUUGGCUUUUCAACUGAUUGGAAUGCUCUCCUCGGUAAACUACUCCGUCGCGAAUAUAAUGAAGCGUAUCGUGAUUAUUACAGUGGCUCUGGCCUGGGAGUCAAGGUUUAAUAUCGCCCAAGUGAUUGGUCUGCUGAUGACGCUGAGCGGGCUUUAUGGUUACGAUAAAUGGGGUACUUUCCGGAAAAUUGAUAAGCAAAUGACUGCUUUGUAA